AUGUCGUCCCAAGCUCACAAGCUUGAAGAUUUUAGAGGAACAUCUGUCAAAAAUCUAGAAUUUGGUAAAUUUAUGCAAUAUGUAGAAAAAGUUUGCAAAGCUAUGUCUCGCGAACAUUUUGUCACCAAACUGUCAGAACAUCUCCAGGGAUCUCUUAGACCGUCUGGGCUAAGACUGAAUGGACUAACAAUGCGAAGAACCGUGUCAUCCUCAAACAUAAUCCAGACAUUUCAAUAUGAAGAUAACCUACCUCCUUUACCAGUACCUCCAUUGCAACAGACGCUCAACAAAUACAUAGAGUCUGUUAAACCUCACGUUUCAUCGGAAGAACUGGAUAACACACGAAGCAUCGUGAAAUCAUUUCAUGACGGUAUCGGGAAAGAGCUUCACGAGAAGUUACUGAAGAAAGCAAGCAUGGAAAGGAAUUGGCUUGAGUACUGGUGGUUGGAUUUAUAUUUAAAAGCAAGAGGUUCUGCGAAUUAUAGUGGUGUCAAUUACGGAAUAAUAAACCCGCUUAUGGGCGAAGUUUGGCAAUCUAACGAAGUCACCCAAGUAGAAAGAUGUGCAUUGGUCUUGUGGAACGUGUUAAAAUUCUGGCAAAUGCUCAGAGAAGAGACUCUGCCAGUAGAGACUGAUCGCAGUGGAACAAAAUUAUCUAUGAAUCAAUAUAGAAGUUUGUUUAAUAGUAGCCGAGUCCCUGGUGUACAGAAAGACACUUUUGUACGGUGGUUUAAAACGGCGAAAGAAGGUAACUGUCCAAGUCAUCUUAUCGUCACGAGAAAAGGCCGCUUUUAUAAGUUUAAUGCUACUGAUGAUGAUGGAAAACUACUGUCUGCACCAGCACUCCAGAGGCAAUUAGAGUAUGUCAAGACAGAAAGUGACAACAAACCUACUAUACUAAGCGUGGGAAUGUUGACAGCACUAGACAGAACACCAUGGGCACAGGCGAGGUCACAUUUACUAUCCCUGGAUCCACGGAAUAAAACGUUUUUAGAUGAAAUCGAGUCGAGUUUGCUAAUACUAAGCCUUGAAGACAAAGCUUCGGAAACUCUGCAAUCGGUAUGGUAG